CCCCGCGAGAGCAGCCUAGCCCUCGCCCCCGGGCCCUCACACGCGGCCAUGGCGGAGCACGAUCUGCAGCUGGUGGCGCGGCGCAUCCGCAGCUUCCCCGACUUCCCCAUCCCGGGCGUGCUGUUCAGGGACAUCUCGCCGCUGCUGAAGGACCCUGACGCCUUCCGCGCCUGCAUCCGCCUCCUGGCCAGCCACCUGAAGACCACGCACGGCGGCAAGAUAGACUACAUCGCAGGCCUAGACUCCAGAGGCUUCCUGUUUGGUCCCUCUCUGGCCCAGGAGCUGGGCCUGGGCUUUGUGCUCAUCCGAAAGCGUGGGAAGCUGCCAGGCCCUACAGUGUCUGCCUCCUACGCGCUGGAAUAUGGGAAGGCUGAGCUGGAAAUUCAACAGGAUGCCCUGGAGCCUGGGCAGAAGGUGGUUGUUGUGGACGAUCUGCUGGCCACUGGUGGAACCAUGUGUGCAGCCUGUGAACUGCUGGGCCAGCUGCGGGCCCAGGUGCUGGAGUGUGUGUGCCUGGUGGAACUGACCUCGCUGAAGGGCAGGGAGAAGCUGGGGGCUGUGCCCUUCUUCUCCCUCCUGCAGUACGAAUGACUGGGUGACCAGGAUGGCUGCCCACCCCCUGCCUGGCAUCUUCAGCUGGACAAGAUUGUGAUUCUACCCCGAGUGCCUUAAAUGACCUACAAAGGCCACCAGAGGCCAGUGGCUGCCUGUUCCUUGGUUGAGUGACCUUUGGUACCCACAGGUCUCCACCUGGGGCCCUUCCUGCAGGUUCUGGAAGUGCCAAAACCUAAAGCACAGCCACAACCAGGCCACCAAGCCCAGUUAUAAAUGCAGCAAGAUCACUCCAGUAAACAGCUUUGCUACA